CCACCCAUUAUGUUGCUUUGUUCCCAGGUGGUGGGUGAGUGGAAAUUCAGCAGAAUCCACUGUGACAUCUUUGUCACUCUGGACGUCAUGAUGUGCACAGCAAGCAUCCUGAACCUGUGUGCCAUUAGCAUCGACAGAUACACAGCUGUGGCCAUGCCCAUGCUCUACAACACGCGCUAUAGCUCCAAGCGCCGAGUCACCGUCAUGAUCGCCAUCGUCUGGGUCCUGUCCUUCACCAUCUCCUGCCCACUGCUCUUCGGACUCAACAACACAGACCAGAACGAGUGCAUCAUCGCCAACCCCGCCUUCGUGGUCUACUCUUCCAUCGUCUCCUUCUACGUGCCCUUCAUCGUCACGCUGCUGGUCUAUAUCAAGAUCUACAUUGUCCUCCGCAAGCGCCGAAAGCGAGUCAACACCAAGCGCAGCAGCCGAGCUUUUAGGACCAACCUGAGGGCUCCACUGAAGGGCAACUGUACUCACCCCGAGGACUUGAGACUCUGCACGGUUAUCAUGAAGUCUAAUGGGAGUUUCCCAGUGAACAGGCGGAGAGUGGAUGCUGCCCGCCGAGCUCAGGAGCUGGAGAUGGAGAUGCUGUCCAGCACCAGCCCACCCGAGAGGACCCGGUACAGCCCCAUCCCACCCAGCCACCACCAGUUGACCCUCCCUGACUCAUCCCACCACGGCCUCCACACCACUCCCGACAGCCCUGCCAAGCCAGAGAAGAAUGGGCAUGCCAAAGACCACCCCAAGAUUGCCAAGAUCUUUGAGAUCCAGACCAUGCCCAAUGGCAAAACCCGGACCUCUCUCAAGACCAUGAGCCGCAGGAAGCUCUCCCAGCAGAAGGAGAAGAAAGCCACUCAGAUGCUUGCCAUUGUGCUGGGCGUGUUCAUCAUCUGCUGGCUGCCCUUCUUCAUCACACACAUCCUGAACAUACACUGUGACUGCAACAUCCCACCCGUCCUGUACAGCGCCUUCACGUGGCUGGGUUAUGUUAACAGCGCCGUCAACCCCAUCAUCUACACGACCUUCAACAUCGAGUUCCGCAAGGCCUUCCUGAAGAUCCUACACUGCUGACUCUGCUGCCCACCCACACAGCAGCUGCUUCUCGCCUCCUGGCCCUGGCAGGCCUGGUCCCAGCCCCUGGGUGCCUGGGGCAGGAAGGCACGGGGUGGACUGAGCCCUCCCUUCACCCAGCCAGGCCCUGAAGUGUUAGCUUGGCUCCAUGACCUCAC